CAUGGCAAAUACUAGUAGUAAUCUCUUUUUUAUUUUCCCCCAAUUUAUGACGGAAAUCCAUAUAACAUCAUUUUGUCUGUAAUUUAGUAGAAAUGGUGCAAAAACUCUGCCGAUGGAUGUGCCAAAAGACAAUAUACGAUGUCGUUAACCUCAACAUACGUCUGAAUUGACUCUUCGUCUCCCUCUUGCUUCUCCAUAAUAUUAUUUUUAUUUAUUUUCGACCUUUCUCAAUUACCUUGUUCCCUCUUCAACCAUUCUCAAUUUCCAAUUUUCAACCUAGUUCUCUUCUACAGCAAAUGGAACUCGAAAAGGCUCAUAUCUUGGAAGCAAGACCAGUAGAGGAAAUUGAGAUACCAAUUGUUUCUGACUCAGACAGACUUGAUCUUCUGACAAAGAUGUCGUCCUCUUACAACAAUUCUGUGUGUCGUUUUUCCAGAAAGGAAAACAGUGCUGGUGCGUCGAAUGACUCGGCGAAGAAACUUUCUUUACUGAUAGUUUUCUAUGCUGUUGUUAUGGUUGUUGAGCUUAUUGGGGGAAUGAAAGCUCAGAGCUUGUCUGUUAUCAGUGAUGCUGCACAUUUGCUUUCUGAUAUUGCUGGAUUUGCUAUCUCUCUGUUUGCAGUGUGGGCUUCGGGUUGGGAGGCGACUCCGAGUCAAUCUUUCGGAUAUAAUCGUCUUGAGGUUUUGGGGGCUCUUUUAUCUGUUCAGUUAAUUUGGUUCAUUUCUGGUUUUUUGAUAUAUGAAGCUGUUGGUAGAAUUGUUUAUAGGAAUGCUAGUGUGAAUGGAAAGCUCAUGUUUGCAAUUGCAACAUUUGGUUUUGUUCUUAACUGUAUUAUGGUUUUAUGGCUUGGUCAUGAUCAUAGUCAUCAUCAUGGAUUUGGACAUUCACAUGGUCACGGUCAUGACCAUGAUCAUCACAAUCAUGGUCAUGAGCAUGAUCAUGACCAUUCUCAUGACCAUCAUCAUCAUGAUCGUAGUCAUAGUCAUCAUCAAUGCGGUGGAGACGCGGAUCAUGAUCAUGGGAUGGAGGAACUGUCUAAAAUAACCGAUGAGGAGAAUCUUUCAAUGAUUUCAAAUGGUAAGACGAAAACGAAUGUUUUGAACAUUAAUCUUCAAGGGGCUUAUUUACAUGUGAUGACGGAUAUGAUUCAAUCUAUGGGAGUGAUGAUUGCCGGAGGAAUAAUAUGGGCUAAACCCGAAUGGUUUAUAGUUGAUCUUCUAUGUACUCUCGUUUUCUCUAUUUUAUCCUUAAGUACUACUCUGACAAUGCUUAAGAGCAUUUUCGGCAUUCUGAUGGAGAGGACGCCGAGUGAAAUUAAUAUCAUUCAGCUGGAAAAUGGUCUUAGAAGUAUCAAGGGAGUGCAGGAGGUUCAUGAUUUGCAUGUUUGGGCUAUAACAGUUGGAAAACUUUUUCUAUCUUGCCAUGUAGUAGCUGAACCCGGCAUCAGUUCCAUUGAUUUGCUUGAUAGGAUUAAACAUUAUUGUGAAAACACUUAUCAAAUACAACAUGUAACCAUUCAAAUUGAAUAGAGUAUGUUCUUUUCUGUUCAAUUAUUUUCACCUUAUUAUUCAUCCAAAAAACCUAUGCCAAAGCUCAGCAACUCCAAAUUCAGAUUCAUUUGAAGACAGCAGUCUCUAAAUUGUAAACUACCAAGUCUGCUAACUUUUUCCAUAAAAUUCUUUUCUUACUAGUUUCACAAGGGCAUAUACAUUUGCCAUUGAUGGUGGAAUCCGCCAUAUUCUCACAACCUAUGAAAUAUUUUCUAAAAUAUUAGUGAUGCGCCAUCAUAUAGGAUUACUAGAUGCGCUUUAUUCUAUUCUAUUUUGAUUUUAAACAACCAAAGUACUUGAAAAUACACAUGUUUUUUAACAAAUUUUAAUAUGGAUUCUAUUUUAUUUUUCUUACUUUACACUUAAAGUUUAAACAACCAAAGCACUUGAAAAUGCACAUGUUUUGGACAAAUUUUAA